ACCAAAAAGGGGCAAAACGGGCAAGUGACUUUAUUUACAAACAAAACGUUUUUUUAUUCUGACCGCCUGAGCGCUGGAAUUACAAUUUGCAUCAGUUUUGCUGUAAAUUGAAAAGUUGAGUGACACAUUAACAUGCAGGAGGAAUGCCGAAUCACCCCAGAUGUAUCACCUUCACCACCAACCACCCAACCGGACUCGGAACCGAUGGUCUUGGAAUCCGAUUUAAUUGACCACAUUUGUCGCGACCAGAAGGUCUUCUACAAAAGUCAGCAAAUCAACGAUCCCGAACUGACGGACGACGAAAAGUUGCAAAUCCUCAGACAGGUUCUCGAUAAAAGUCACACUACGUUCCUUGCCCGGUUCGGCGCAUUCAUCAGGGAAGAUCAUUUACGGUAUUUCGAGCAGGAACCACAAACCAGUUGCUACAGCCCGGAUGAGCGAUAUGAGGUGGACUACUAUUUGGACAGGAUUCGAAAAUCUCACCACGGCGGAAGAGAGCAAGAAGUACGCAACAGGCGAUACGCAGCAUUGAAGCAACUGGUCCAGGAGGGGAACUAUUUUAGUGAAACGGAGAUGAUGCAACGGGAACCGCUUUUGUACGAUCAACUGGUGGGACAGUAUUUGACGGAGCAGGAGAAAAAGGUGCGGGACGCUACGGGGGCCAAAAAUGAUAGUCUUGUGGCGAUACUGUUCAGUGGAAUCGAUAAGGAAAACGCUGAAUCUCUGAAGAAGGAACAGGAAAGUGAGGAACGGCAGCAGGAUUUGGCGGAUGACGAUGAGGACAGCUAUAAGGAGAAGCCACCGGAUUCGCCUGGGUUCUCGAGAGCUCAGUGGGGAAACUUUGAUCUGGAGGAAGAAGAGCGGCAGCAGAAUAUCCAACGAGAACUGGAAGCAAAGAGGCGGAAUAAAAGGUUCUCUGUCCCGGUGAACAUGCUGACUGCAGGCGAAAGGGAUUUGCUGAGAGAUGAGUUCUUGGGGACGAUGUAUUCCAAAUUUAUAUCUGGGGAGGAUGGUGAUUUUGAUUAUUCCAAAAUCGACGAAAGUGUCGAGUACGAUAAUCUGGACAUUUUGGAACAGGACGAACAGGAGCGGUAUUUCGACACGGAAGACGGGAUGGAUGAGUUGGAGAGCGGACUGAUAGAAGAGCAGAAUGGUGACAUGCAACAAGACGAAGAUAGUGAAGAGGACGAUCUGGAUGUCUACAUGAGGCAUUUGAAUCAACAUUUGGAAAACCAGAAGAAUGUGCAGCAAAUAAGCAGUCAAAUGGGAGACAUAAGCUGUGAAUAUGAAAGUGAAGAAGACGAGUAAAAGUAUCCUUCAUCAGAGAAAAACGUGGUGUUGAAUUUUUA